AAUGUUUGACAACGCGGAAGAAGGGCCUUGAGUUCCAUUUAUCUCAGUCAGACACCAGAACCACAACCUUUCGGUUCUGCUUUUGCUUAGCUGCUGCUUUGUGAAGGAUUUAUACAGUUCAGUCCCAAGGAGAACAACAAAAAGACAAUAUGGUCUCUACAGAGGUGCUGGUGCUGGUCGACUUUGAGGCCACCAUGAGUGACGAGCUAACAGUGAAGAUGGGCGAAGUGGUCACAAACGUCACCAAGGCCAACGAAGACGGAUGGCUCCAAGGAGAGCUGAGGGGGAAGAGAGGCAUUUUCCCAGCAACCUUUGCCAAAGAUAUACCUGUCUUUUUGAUGGGAGACAGCAUGAGGGAACCACGAAGCAUCAGGAAACCAAAGAACGUGGUUCAGACCAGGAAAUGUGAGGUCGCCUUUGCAUACAAUGCCCAAAAUGAAGACGAGUUGGAGCUGGUAGUUGGUGAAACCUUGGAGAUCCUCAGAGAGAUUGAAGAUGGAUGGUGGAUGGGUCGGAAAAAUGGCAAAAUGGGAGCAUUUCCAUCAAAUUUUGUCAAAGAAAUUUUUGUUUCUCCCAAAGACGCAAAGCAAAACGAGGCCAAAGCCAGGCCUAAACUGUCAGAGGCUGUGUUUAAUAAAGAGACGUCCCAGCGAGCCAGUGUGAGAAACAAGGCAAAGAACCGUGUGGAGCAUUGCCAGGUUAUGUUUGACUAUAAGGCCACAGCAGCAGAUGAGUUGGAACUGAAGAAAGGGGACGUUGUAACCAUACUGAACAAGGAAACAGAAGAUGAUGGCUGGUGGGAGGGGGAGCUGAACGGCCGCCACGGCUUCUUUCCUGACAACUUUGUCAUGAUUUUACCACCAAAAGACAUUCUGCAAUCUGGAAUCACAAACCAACCACCUGUACGGGGAAACACUAUAAAACUCCCAGCAAAAAAAGAAGCAACUGCAAUGGAUAAAAAUGAUCAAACAAAUACAAAAGAUGAUAAGCCGGAGAAGAAAGACUUGAGAAGCAAUCCUCCAACCAAAAUAAAGCUGCCAAUAAUCAAACCCUCUCCGCCGCCCGUCAAAGAAAAACCUCACAAGCUUUUACCAGUUAGCACCAACGGGGAUGCAGUUCCCAUCUCACAAAAGCAGCCAGAAGAGGAGGCGGUCGACCAGUUUGAUGGGAUGGAUGUGCAAACUGAAAAGCUGACUCAUCCCACCGCUAAUAGAGCCAAGCCUCCACAAAGGAGGCCACCAACAAACCUGAGUGCCACAUUACAAAAUGCGACAGACCAGACGGAUGCAGAACCAUCACCAAAAAUGUCCCACACUGACAAACUGCCUGUCUUGCAAAAGGUAUCAGAACAACCCUCAGUGGUUCAUGUGAAGCCUGAGCUUCCAGUUAAAAUUCCGCUUCCAGUUCGACCAGCUUUUCCAAAAGCGGUUGCAGGCAAUAAAACUGCAAACCAUAAAGACGAAGAACCAACUGUGGCAAGCCUGCAAGCAGAGAUCAAAGAGCUGAGGAUGGCAUUGGAGCUGCUGCAAACCCGACAAGAACGAGACAUGCAGGAAGUGAAAGAAGAACUGAAGGAGGAAAGAAAUAAGCGACAGGCUUUGCAGGAGGAAGUGAACAGGUUGAAGACAAAGCAUUAAAUUCAGAUGCUGAUUGAGAACUUUGUUAGACACUGGGAACUUCCUUUGGACUACAACAAUGUUGUUGUUCGUUUUGUUUUUCUACUGAGACCAAGUAAAGGAAAUUGUGUGAACACAUUUAAACUGAAAAUAUACAUGUGAUGUCUAGACUGGAAACUGUUGUUGAUGGGUAAUGGAUAAGCUCACUUGUUCUGGACCGAAAAGACAGUAUUCACAGAGACUUUGAAACAACAUGCUGAUAAUUUACACAUCUGAAUGCUGCAAAUCAUAACUGAUGGUCCUUUAAGGGUUUUACUUGGAAGAAAUGUUUUUAGAUGUCCUGUUUUGGCUGUCGCAUCUGCUAUUUUUUUUACUGUAGGCUACUUUUAAUACCUCUGUGAAAUUUGUAAUAUAUGCAGCUGUACAUAAAAAAUGAAAUAUUGUGAAUGUUAAUAAAACAAAUACUGCUGUCAAAACUUAACAGA